CCGCAUUACCAGUUACCAGUUGGUUUUGUGGACAUUAGAAUACGGUAUAGUCCUCUACGCCCAUCCUGCAUUCGUUUAUCAUUAAGUGUUCGUCCAUCCCAUUUUUUCUUUUUCAGCAUAAAUUAACAUAAGAUAUUAUAGUCUAGAUGAUUCUAAGUGAAAACUAUAGACGCGUUGCCUAAACAGUGAUGAGGCGUCUCCACAGAACAAAUUUAAAAUUGAUAACGUGUAUGGCUGUCAUCCUACUCGGUCGCUUGGCCGUUUUGGCUGCUACGAGCAUAGAUAAUCAUAGGCGACCAGAAACUAUUUUGCCUGUAAAGUGUUAACUUGGGCAACGCGUCUUAUGUGAUAAUGAUAAUGUUGUCAUGAUCUCAUUUCUAUUAAUGUUUCGUGUUUAAUGUGAAUUAUUAUUUGUAUAAAUUCUUGAUGUUAUAUUAUGGAUUAUUUUUAUUUCUAGAAAUAAUAACCAUUAGUAAACUCGUAUAGGGAACCAAAACAUAACACUUAAAGUAAGUAAACAAUUGUAUGCAUUUUUGUUUAUGUAGUUAGUUAUUUUAAAUAUUUCAUAUAAUUUGAUUCUUUGGAUUCGUAAGAUAUAAUUACACCAUCUUACUUUAAAUUAUAUCUAAAAUCUAAAUAAUCAAAGAAGAUCGUAGAUGUAACCAAGUUUUCUUGCAAAAUAUGAUUAAACUAACUACUUGAGUUAUCUAUAAUCAUUUAAUAUUUACUAAAUUAAAUUUUUUUAAUAGAUUUAUGUAUUAAUAGGUUGUUAUUUUUAUAGAUAAUUAUCAAAUUAAAACCUAGAACUAUGGAUGAAAAUAUUUUUUAUUAAUUGAAAUGAUAAAAAUUAAAUUGCAUUUUGAUAAUCUACCUGUUACUGUAAUUUUAUAUUUAUUUAAUUUCAACUUUAUAUUAUUCACAUUUUCUAAAAUUACAAAUUAGUUAAUUAUGAUUAAAAUUUAACUAGGGAAAAUGAUAUUAUGUUAGGUGCAUUUCUAUUUGAUUCCAAAAACCGGUUAUAGUUUGUUUCAAAAUAUCUGAAAAAAAUAUAUUCAAUGUUUAUUCUUACUUUUUUCUUAUAUUUGUUUUGUAUGUUUUAAAAAUUAUUCAUUUUUUUGCAUAUAGUAUAAUGAUUAUAGUACCAGUUAAAACUGUCAAUUAUUACAUACUUAUAAUUGAUUUUAUAUUUUCAUUGAAUUUUGUAUUAUAAUGAUUCAAUAUUAUUACAUAUAAAUAAGAUACUUUCCUGUUACACAAGAUCACAUAAUUUUAUAUUUAACAAUAUUACAUUAAGAAGAGUACACAUAGUUCAAUCAGGAACUUGGACCAAAAUACAUUUUUUAGUUUCACAGGAUUAUCCUCCAAAAAGUCAUUGUUGCUGGAGUAUUCUGUCUGUAUUAUUAUUGUGUUUAGAAAAAAAAACUUUCAUCUAUUUUAACGAUUAUUGAUAUCCUAAUAAUCUAACGAGUAAAUGUAAUGUAAAGAAAACACAAUAUUACAAUAAGUAAUAUGAUAAAUUGUCAACUAUAGCAUUAUAACAAGGCGUGUGGAUAUCGCUGUGGUAGUCUACGAUGAUAAAUUGAUAAUAGUUGUAAUUUCAUAUAACAGAAACCACACAAUACCAUUUAUUUUAAUUAAAAUUUACAAAUAUAAAUUAUAUGAAUCACAAAUUAAAACAAAAUUUGCAUCUUUCAGAGGACAGUAAAUUUUAUAUUUUAAAACUAUUACAAACAAUGUAAAUAUAAUAAUCAUCCUAAAACUAAAACUGUAUGUUUAAUCAUAAAUUAUAAUUUCUGUAUAUGUGCAUUAUAUAUAUUUAUAUUCCUUAAAACAUUUUGUAUUACUAUUAAAUUAAGAAUCCACUUUCAGUUUUUUUUUUUAAAUUUAUCUAGUGGUAUGAAUUAUACUGAAAAAAAUUGUAUGAUCAUUAUUUUGCUAAUUUAUCUUAAUAUAUAUCUAAUAUCUGCAAUUUAUUUUUCAGUUAACUUUCUUGUAAAGGAAAUUUGCUUGGCUGUACAGUGAUAUCCAAAAAUGGCCACUUGCAGCAAUCAACAAAUUAAACUCGAAUCUGAUAUUAUUGUUGAUGAUAACAUACUUGUUGAAGAAAAAAAUAUUAAAUCAAAUAGUACUCCAAAUCAAGCAUCAGUUCAGGAAACAAUUAUUGAACAAAAAUUUAUCCCAAAAAAAAUUGGAAAAAAAAACAUUAACAAUAAGAAAAUUAAGUAUAAAUGUAAAAAAAAAGAAAAAUUAUUUUCGAAUGAACAAGGUCUCAAUACUCAACAAAAAAGUAAACUUUCUAUAAAACAGUCUUAUACAUGUAAUAUUUGUAAAAAAUUAUUUCAUCACAAGUAUCGUUAUGAUGCUCAUUUAGAAAGUCACAGUGUUGAUAAGGAAAAAUAUGAAUGUAAAAUUUGUGAUAAAUCGUUCACACGUAAAUAUCAUAUUAGUAUCCAUAAUAGAACGCAUACUGGUGAAAAACCAUACAAGUGUGAUACGUGUGGAAAAUUAUUUUCAUUGAAACAUCAUCUUUUGUCCCAUAACCGAACUCAUACAGGUGAAAAACCUUACACAUGUGAUAUGUGUAAUGAAUCAUAUACUCGUAAAGACAUACUAACUAAACAUGUUAAAACUCAUAUGAGUGAACAGCUUUUUAGAUGUGGUAAUUGUAAAAAACAGUUCGCAAUGAAAACAUACACAGGAGAGGAACAAUACUUAUGCCAUUUAUGUCUACCUCAACCAAUUAAGCCUAAAUUAAAUAUUAAUCAAAAUAAAGAAUUAGUUACAGAACUGUAUGAUAUUGAUAAACACGCUGAAACUGAUGUUAUUGAUGUACAGAAUGGAACUAACCUAGAGAAUAAUGAGGAGUUCAAUAGUUUUACAACUUCAUUAAAAAAUCAACCUGAUGAUCAAGUUUUAAAUACAAUUAAGGAAUUUCCAUCUGGUGUCAAAUGUAUGGAAACAUUGUUUUGUAGUGUACAAUUUAAAGAGAAACCAUAUAAAUGUCAUAUGUGUCAGCAAUUAUUUUCAAAUAAACAAACUCUUGAUUCUCAUAUAAGAAGUCAUACUAUACAUCAACCUUAUACAUGUACAAUUUGUGAGAAAUCGUUUUUUUAUAAAUACCGUUUUGAUGCACAUAUUAUAAAUCAUAAGAUGGGUAAGUAUAAAUGUAAAGUUUGUGACAAAUCAUUUACACGUAAAUACCAUUUUGAUACACAUUAUAGAAUACACACAGGUGAGAAACCUUUCAAGUGUGAAAUAUGUCAAAAAUUAUUUUCACUAAAACAUCACUUAUUGGCUCAUAUUAGAACUCACACUGGUGAGAAGCCAUUUAGUUGUGAAAUUUGUAACGAAUCAUUUCGCCGUAAAGAUAUACUAAGUAAUCAUAUGAAGACUCAUACUGGAGAAAAGCACUUUGUUUGUGAUCUUUGCCAAAAACAAUUUUCUAUGAAACAUUAUCUUUUAAGGCAUUUGAGAACACAUACAGGAGAAAAACCAUUCAUUUGCCAAAUAUGUCCAAAAACCUUUUCUCAACGAUCUAGUCUUAGUUAUCAUUUAAGAAAACAUACAGAAGAAGCAAUAAAAGCAAUUUUAAUGUGAAACAUACCAUGAAGUAUUUUUCUAUGGAGAAAAUUUAACAAUUUUCAAAUUUUGUUGUACUAGGAUAACUUAGUUAUAAGAUAUUAUUAUUUGUGAAAUUAUAUACACUUAGUACUGAUCAAUAUGCUGUCAUAAAGGUAUCUAAGUAUCAAAAAGUCUGUCAAGAAUUUUUAAUUAGUUUCAAAUAGUUUCAAUAUAUUGAGAAAAAAAAAUUGUAAAUGUUCCAAUAUACAGUAUGUUUUAGUCCAGUGGUCGACAACCUUUUUACACACUCGGUGCACAUUAAAAAAUAUAUAAAUUGUAGUUUUAUUUUGAAAUUGUUUGAAUGAAUAUUUUAAAAUGUUACAUAAAAGUGUGGAAAUACAACUAUCUGGUACAUAGACAUGUCUCUUUUUCGCAGAUUAUACAAUCUAAAUUUUAAUUCUAACCUACUUAAUAAUUUGUGUAUGUGGUAUAAACUGGAAUAUAAUUUACAGUUAAUCAUCUAAAUAUAAAUUUUUAAAAAAAAAAAUGUUUUUUUCAUUUUAUUAUGAAGUGCGUGGAUAUUAGAUAUACUUGAAACAACCAAUUAAAAAAAAUAGGAUAUCUAUCUCUUCAUUGUGUCUUGAAUUUAAUUCAACUGGAAAUCUUUAUUUUACAAAUAUUAACAAUCAUUAAUUGUAAUUGAAUUUGUGUGCAAUAAUUUUUGAGUAGUUUUUACCAAGCUUAAUUUAGUAAUCUCACAAAAUUAAUUUGUAACUGGUGAUUAUGUAAAUAGUGUUAAUAGUUUGUAAAUAUUUGGAAAACUAUUAAAUAAUUCACUAGAAGUUAAUUUAUUUAACCAGUUAAAAUUACCAAUUACCAAAUUCUAGGUUUUACUUUUAACUCUACAUUUUGAAUAAUUGUCUUCAUCAGUUUUUAGUUCACUAAUUUUUUAAUGCUUCAAAAAUGUAAACAGCUGCUAAAAGUUCUAGGUUUGGUGAUUGUAACUUUGGAUUGACUAAUCGAAUUUGAAUCUGAAUAGAUUUACUAUAUUUAAGAAUAUUUUGUGAAUAUAAAUUUGUUAUUUCCAUUUGAAACUAUAGAAACUUUGUCUAUACAUAAAAUGUAAAUCAAUUGGUAAAUAAUUGAAAUAAGCUGUAAAUAUAAAUAUACGUUCAUACAGAGUAGAUUUCCGGUUGCCGACCACUAUUUAUUAUAAUAUAACCAGUAUAAAGUUUCAUUAUUGUUUUAGUGUCAAAUUCAUGAAUAUGUAUUAUUUAUUUGUCGAUAAACAUUAUUAUCUAAAUUUUCAUCAAAACUACUUAUUUUAGGUUAGGUAAUAGGCAAAUUAACUUUAAUAUUAAAACUAACACAUGCUAUUGUGACAUUAGUAUAAAAUUGAUAAUAAUAUAAAUAUAAAUUUAAAUUCUAAUAUUUGAUAUACAGAAAAAAAAAAUUUAAUUAUUUUGUUCUAUGUGAAUAAUAUUAAAAACAAAUGUAGUAUGUACUAUUUAAAAAUGCUUUGUCACAAAUUAAAAAAAUAAGUACUUAAUUUUGUUUAUAUUAUGUAUUAUAUAACAUACAUUUUGUAGUAUAUUAUUUAAAUUGUACACAGUAUCUAGUAAAUAUUAUGUUAACAACUAAAUGCAAUGUUAUAAUAAUUAUUAACACUAAAUGUCUUUUUCUAACUUCUAUAACUUAAUAUGUUUAAUUUUUUUUUCUUAACAAAACAACAAAAUUAUAUUAACAAUGACUUACAAUUUCAAUAAAUGUAGCGUUCGAGUAUAUUAAAUACAUACCCAAAAUAAAAUUAAUAUUUUGAAUUAAAAAGAAUUAAUUUUAAUAUAAAAAAAGUUCUGUUCCUUAAAAUGUAUUUUAAUCUAAACAUACUAGAUAGGUUAGUGUGUCCAUGUCCCGGAUUUGCCAAGACAUAACUUAUUUCAUGACUUGUGUCCCAGUAUCCCGAAGAAGUUUCAAGAUGUUAAAAUGUCUCAAAUUUAAAUUUAAAGUACCAAUUUUGAUUAAAUGUAUAAAACAAUUUGAUAAAUAUAAAUUGUCAUAAAAAUACGAGAUCGUUUCUACACUAUAUAUACCUAAAUUAUUUAUUCGUCUCAUAUCUACACUUACUCGAUAAAAUGUUAUUUUGUAUCACCCGUGGUGGUGUAUUAUCCACAUAUCCUAUAGACCAGGGAUCACCAAUUGACAGACUGCAGUCCAGAUACGGACACUUAUCUCCGCAGAGUAGUUUUUUAAUUUUUAUAACAUAGAUAUGAAAACUGUAAGUGUAUCAUAUAUAAUUUAUAUAACGACAAAAAAAUUAUUUCAAAUCUCAGUUAACAGAUGAUCAUCUUAACGAGUAAAUGCAAAUCAGUUGCACCAACUUUCACACUAAACACAUUAAGGAGCUCAUGAAAACUAAAAAAGUGUUUUUCUCAUUACAAAUUAACUGUUUCCUUGGUAAUUUUUUUUUUUGCAAUAAUAAGAAUCAAUAAAUCAAUUGAUAUAAAUAUACAGUUUAAAAAAAAAGAUUAACAUGUGGAAAAGUCAUUAAAACUAUUUAAAACUGCGAAAAGUUUGGUAAGUUUGAAAACAGACCCCCAUCAAAAAUAAUUGGUGACUCCUGCUAUAGAUCAUGUUUUAUUAAAUAAAAUUAUUAUAUUUUUAUUACGUUUAUUAACAUUCUUUAAAUUCAAAAUUUAUUAGUGAAAUUUAAAAAUGAUGAUAUCAUAAUUUGUAAUAGUUUUUUAAAUGUGUCCCAGAUUUAAGGAAUAAUAAUCUGAUAACCUUAAGAUAGGUUUAUGUUUAAUGGUUAUGUACACUUUAAUUGUUUAGCUCAAAGAUUCAUAGUGGAUAAAUUUGUCUAACACAUUCAAUGUAGGUAUUAAGAUAUUUUAUUCUCAUAGACUUAUACAUCUAGAUGAAACAUUCACUAUAAGAACUGGGAGGCGUGAUUGAUCUGAAUGGAUCAUAAGAGAUGCGUUGGUAUAAAGCCUAAUAUGAGAGAGAACAAAUUUGCACUCCGAAGACAGACAGUUAAAACACUCUGUUUAUUAUCUCACUUAUGUCCGUGUUUAAAAUAAAACACUACCCAUCGAGACAUAUUUUCAUACUAAAUGUUUCGUCUAUAUUUAUUCCCAACAUACUGAUUAAAGUGAAGUGAUAAGAAUUCUUAAAACAGAUUUUAAUUUGUUAUUGAGUAUACCUGACAUCUUGGUGAUUUAAUCACAUUUCCCAUAUUUUAUGAUUUUUAUAUCAAUUCUUAGAAAGAAGUAGAAAUAACAAAGUUAAUAUUGCCAAUAAAAUAAUAUUGAAAAAAUAGUUUUUUUUUUUACUUAUCCAAAAAAUAGAAUAAUUUACAAAUUAAAUAUUUUUACUUGUAUUUAUUCUAUGUUAAUAUGUUAUAAGACAUAGUAAAAAUUAAAAUGUAUAAUCAUAUACUUACCAUUAUUAUUUUAACAAUUAUUUAUAAGAAAUUAUAAUAUGCUAUUUAAAAUUUACAGGUCCACAAAAAAUUAAGCAGCUUGAAUAUUCUUGAAACGGUGCAUAUUGUUUCUUAUAUAACAAAUGCAUUGUGUGAUAGCGUUACGUUCACUGCGCAUUAAAUCUCCCAUCAA